AUGGCGUCCAGGGUUCAAGACCCUCUGAAAAUGGACAGGAUAUCCAAAUCUCUCAUGGUGCUGAGAGUCCUCCUAGUCUUCCUGCCUCAAUUCGGCUACAUCCAUCCGGACGAGUUCUUCCAGUCAACCGAGAUCACGGCGGGAGAAGUACUCACGACCGAUGCGUACAGACCGUGGGAGUUCACAACGGAUAAACCGCUUCGAUGUUCUGUGUUUGUGCAUAUGUUUGCGUACUUACCCUUCCGAAUGCUGAGCUAUUUCGGGAGUACACCUUAUUGGAGACUAGUUCUCCCUCGCUUGGUGGCCUGCACACUGUCGUUCGUGGUUGAUUAUGUCGUCUACAAGAUCCGUGGUGUUGCGGCGUUGAAAGUUGUUGCUACCUCAUAUUUGGCCCUGGUGUAUUUCACGAGAACAUUUACCAAUGUCACGGAAACCGUCCUGUUUGCCUUGCUCAUUUUGCUGUCCUUCCCAGUGGGCAAAGUCGAAACGUCGGAACUGAUUCAGUCGGCGAAGAGCGAGACGGCCUCGGAUGAGGUCGCCGAGUCGUCAAAAAACGAAACCCGUUCAGAAGGAGGGAGUCCCAGUAAGAAAAGAGUGGAAUUUUUGGCGGCCGAGAAGUCCGAAACGAAAGAGGGAGAACGAGAAGACCCUCCAACGUCGGAACCUCCGCAGCGUUUGAAACCGCAGUUUCACUCAUGUUCCUCGGAGUUCCUAUACGUGACGGUGAUUGUGUGCGGUCUCUUCAAUCGGCCCACAUUCGUGUGCUUCGCACUGACGCCUUUCUUGUUCCGUUUUUAUUCGACGAACACUUUCAAAGGAUUCGUGCUCAGUUGUAUUCGCAUGUCGCUGUACGCCGUGGUUCCGUGUUGCUUUUUCAUCGUCGUAGACUCGAUCUAUUACAAGAGUCUAGAUGAAUUCCUCGUAGAUCCCAAAUCUAACCUCGUAAUAACCCCACUGAAUUUCCUAUUAUACAACAGUAUCAGCGACAAUCUCGCAAACCAUGGUCUGCAUCCGCGCUGGCUUCAUAUCGCUAUCAAUAUUCCCCUGCUCUUCGGACUGCACUCUGUGUACAUAUAUCGAGACAUUUAUAGAUUGAUCCUGAAGCGCGAGAAUUUCCAAAUCGAGAAAUUCUCGCUGCAUAUGUGCACGAUCGUUCCCCUCCUGAUGCUCUCGGCCUUCCCGCAUCAAGAACCGCGAUUCCUACUCCCCCUCUUGAUCCCUUUCGCGUUGAGGAACGCUUUCAAACUCACGCAGUCAGGUCGCUUCAGCGGAAUGUGGUAUGCCUUCAAUCUCUACAUGUUCCUCUUCUUCGCCUUCGCUCAUCAGGCGGGUGUGGUUCCGAUGCAGAUGCACACACAGGAAAGCGGCAAAGUUGUCUAUUUCCAUACGUACAUGCCGCCGAGACACUUGACGCCGAACGGAGUCGACAGAGAAAUCAUUGAUCUCAAAGAAGCUAACCACAGGGUUCUGGAAGAGACUCUGCAAAAACAUCGUGAGGGCUAUUUGGUGUAUCCGGCAGGCGUGCAAUCCAUCGUAAGCGAGGCCAUGACUACUGCGUACUGCACGUCGACCGAAACAAUGAGUCUGUUCCCCCACGUGGCGACGGAAUAUCUGCCGGCUGUUCUCCAACGUUGCGGAUUCGGAUUGCAGUGUCUGUUUUUCGACUCGCUGAGCUUGAAGAGGAUCAAGUUCCUCUGUGAAGCCGCCUUCUAAUCAAAAUACGCAGCUGAUUGGCUUUUGGAAUGAAAUUCCUAUGGUUCGACUCGGAAAUUCUCAAGAGCUUGCCGGAGCCUAUCUGCGACUGCAGGUGUGCCAAUUGAACUUCGAAGUCAAAAAAGAGCCAAUGCUGAUACCAUAUACGGAGUUUUUAAGGAGAUAUACGAUGAACUAACUUAUUAUCACACGAUUUCUCACAUACCCUCAAGAAGAUCGCCUCGAUUGAGAUCAGCUGCUUACCAAUAGGGUUCGCACGUCUUGUAGAGGUUCAUACUUAUCGUAGAAGCUUGAGGACGGCUUGAUGAUGAUCUCGAAUCUCAGACUCUGGAUCCUCGAGCAUAGCGUCUUUGACCCGGUCUCA